AUGGAGGAGGAAGAGGACGAUUUCUACGGCGGCGGUGCUGGGGUCAAGCAAGAGCAAGAAGCAGCUGCCAAUGGCGACGACCGGGCGGAGAAGAUGGACAUGAGCGAGGAGGAAGAGGAUGAUACCGAUAGUGACGAUGUAGGACACGCUCUACGGGAUAUCGAUAUCGAUGGAACAUUGCACUGAUCUGCUGUCCUGUAGGACGUUCAAUUCACCCUCGAGAAGCCAGAAGGCGCAAAAGUAGACCCACCGUACGUUGCUCUACUUUCGUUUCGCAUAUUUCCGCGCUCUAAUGCUGCACUAGGCCUACUUCAAAACAAAAGUCCGGUCAACCGGAUCGCAUGAUCUCCGAGUCGAAAUCAGCCAAGAGCGGUACCCCCAUCAAAACCGAAUCGCAACGAGCAGCCUCCGCGGCGCCCCCAGUCGCAAUCAAGGGAACCCUCACCCAUAACGGCAAGGAAGGUAAAGACUUCCCCGAAGUACGUACCUCCAAACUCGACAUCAACGCGAUCCCGAAUUGGCCAGGAAAUGGCAAGCCCAUUACCGAAAUCGAUAUCGAUGCCGAUCUCGCCGAGAACUCGAAGCCGUGGCGAUUGCCCGGAACGGACAUUACGGAUUACUUCAACUACGGCUUUGACGAGUAUACAUGGACACAAUACUGCGUGCGGCAGCAGGCGAUGACGAACACCCUGAAUGAGCAGAGACAGCAGGACGCACAGAUGAAGUCGUUCUUUGGAGGAGGCGGCGGUGGAGGAAUGCCACCAGGGAUGCCGAACAUGGACGAUUUCAUGCAGCAGAGUGGAAUGCCUCCUGAGUUCAUGCAGAUGAUGAUGGGUGGAGGUGGGAUGCCCGGGAUGGGACAGCAGGGCAUGGGCGGGCAACAAGGCGCCGGAGGGUUUGGGUCUGGACAAAACAGUGUCUCUCCGCAUCCUCAGGCUGGCCAAGUAUUCCAGCCGCCUCAAGGACCGAGCGGCGGAGGCCAACAGGGCGGCUUUCCGAGUGGACCCAUGGAAGGGUUCAGCCCGCAACAGAUUGCGAUUAUGCAACAAGAGCAGCAAGGCUACGGUGGAGGCGGAGGUGGCGGUAGAGGAAGGAAUAAGCGUCGUGGGUGGUGA